AUGGCACGACAGUCGACUUAUAGCUGUGAACUCGGCUUUAAGGCAUGCCGGAAACCGUUCGACGGAAGCUGUCCGAGGCGCUAUCGACGCGCAGCAGCACCUUCACGAGGGCAGAGCAGAUACGACGUCAGGGUGCACUGGAAGAGUCCGAACACGGGCGGCCGGGGUGGACUAUUCAGGGUGAAGUUGGACAACGAGGCGAAGAACGUGUCGGGCAAGGACUACGUGGCGGCGGUCGAACAGCAGCAGCCGUCGCCGCUGAACGGUUCCGCCGCCGCGGUGUACGUGGCGACGUUCGAGAACGUGCCGCUGGGCGACCGGUACUUCGCGAGCGUGCAAGCGUGCUCGCGGUUCGGCCACAGCAACGAGACGGUCGUCGAGCGGCGGCCGCGCACCGCCGACGUCCGCGGCGCGACCGCGGCCGCCCGCACGCCGCUCUAUCCGCUGUGGAUGGCCGUGGCGCUGCUCGGCCUGCUGGCGGCGCUGUGCGGGGCGAUGGCCGUCGGCCAGCUGCUGCACCGGCGGGCGGCGGCCGGUGCGGACCACCGCGGCGGCGGCAGGGGCGCGUCGGCCGAGGGUUACGACAUGGCCCUGCUCAAGCUGGACGACGUGGACGUGCUGCUGGACGACGACGCGGUCACCGUGUCCGAGUUCCUGGGGCACGGCCACUUCGGCGUGGUCAGGAAGGGCGCGCUGAAGACGGCCGACGGCCGGGUGUGCUCGGUGGCCGUCAAGUCGCUCCGGGACCGGCCCAGCGGCCGGGACCUGGACGAGUUCCUGCGCGAGAUACUGCUCAUGCAGAAGGUGGGCAAGCACCCGAACAUCGUGUCCAUGAUCGGAUGUUGUCUGGACGCCAACCGGCGGUGCAUGCUGGUCGUCGAGUACUGUCAGCUGGGCGAUCUGCAGACCUAUCUGAAAAAGGUCAGCAUUAAAUCGUGGUAUGCUAACGACUUUUACGUCGGUCGGACGGAUCCGUCAGAGCUGACCGCCGUGUCGAACAGCAAAGGAGUUGAAUCGCUGCAGGAUGCGUCAGGUCCUCCGCCGAUGGUCUUCAACAACUGUUACUUAUAUCACGGCGAUGAAAACGUAUUUCUCACGGUUAACGACUUACUGCGUUUCGCCAGCCAAGCGGCCAACGGCAUGAUGUACUUAGAAAAUAACCGUGUAGUGCACCGGGACUUGGCCGCCCGGAACGUGUUACUUAGCGACCACCGCACUAUAAAGAUUUGCGAUUUCGGCCUUAGCAGGGACGUGUACGAACAAAACCUCUAUCAGAAAUUGAACCGUGGUGACCCAUUACCAGUAAAGUGGAUGGCCAUGGAAUCGCUUAAAUAUCAGCUAUAUACCACCCAGAGUGAUGUGUGGUCAUUUGGCGUACUUCUUUGGGAAAUCAUGAUGUUAGGAGGGUCUCCAUACCCGACGAUACAUUCGACCAGGAUAUACGAAGUAUUGUGUAGCGGUUACCGUAUGCCCAGGCCCACCUUAUGCUGUUACAGUUUGUACGAAGUUAUGCUAGCGUGCUGGCAUUCCAACCCUGCCAAACGGCCGAAAUUUGGUGAGAUCAAAGACAAAAUCGACAGUAUAAUAGAAAAUCAAUGCUCAUAAUGUCAUAAUCACACAUAUUUUACCAACUUUUAAUAUUUUUAUUUUUUUUUUAUUAUUAUAUAAUUUAAUAAAUGAUUUUUUUUUUUUAUU